CUCAGUUUACGUUUCGGCCGCAUCGCCUUCAGUUCUUCAGUGUUCCGUGUCCAGGCUGCACUUCAUCCGCGGAGGCGUCUGCGAUUGCAAGAGCAAAAACAAAAUCAGAAACAGAAACAGAAACAAAACCCAACUCAUUGUCAUUCAUAGCUUAGCAUACUAGCUGCGUGAUUGUGUGUGCGUGGAUUCCGCCAGUGAGUGUGCGUGAGUGCGUAGAGCCGAGGGCGUCCGUAGUUUUCCGCAGGACAUUACACCAGCGAUUAGCGCCAGCGAGAGCGGAAGCACUUCCUCCGUAGCCACCACUGUCGUCUCCUGUUCCUGUUCCCGUACGUAGGCCAUGAAGCACUCGCCGCUGAUUGCCAGCGCUUGUCUGGCGCUGGUGUUGAUGUCAUCCAGCCUGAUUGGCAGCUCGGAGGCCAGAAACAAGAAGAAGUACGUCGGCGAGACGGGCGGCGAUUUCGAGUUUAUCGAUGAGAUAAACAAGAACACGCAGAACAACAAGAAUCUGGGCGAGCACAAGCGCUGGAUACACGAUCCCUCGAGUGACCUUUGCCGACCGCUGAACUGCAAGAAGCGUGAAAUUUGCCUGUUGGAGGACGAGUUCAGUGCCGUUUGCGUGUCGAAGAAGGAGCUCCACAAGAAUCGUGAUGAGAUAAUCACCAAGGCCAAGUAUCUGGAGGAGGAGGCCAAGCGGCGUGUCAACCAGCAGGACAACCAGGACAGCCAGGAUGCGGAGGACAUCAACAACGACGACGAGGACAACAGCAGCGACGGCGGCAGCAGCAACGCCAGCCCCACGGGCCAAAACAAUGGCCAGGCCAAUGUCCAGGGCAACGAGGAGACCGACGACGAAGAUAAGAGCCUCAGCCUGGCCGACGACGAGGACUCCAAGGAGGAUGAUGUCUUCUACGAGAACAGCAUCGCCGCCGGCGAUAAGCAGCAGUCACAGCAACAGCAGCAGCAGCAAUCCCAGCCUCCUGCAGCUCCCUCCGCCAUUCAGCAGGACGACGACGAGGAGUUGGACAACUGCAAGCCGUGUCCUGUGGCCAAGCCGACGUUCCUGUGCGGUGCUGACAACAGAACCUACUCAUCACUAUGCAGAUUGGAUUAUCACAAUUGCAUACAUUCGACGUCCAUACGGAUCGCCUGCAAAGGAUUCUGUCCCUGCAAGGAGAACGUCGAUGGAAAGCGGCUGCAACGUGUAGGCGGCUACAACAAGUACAACAAGAAGAUCAGCCUGGACCAACAACAGCAGCAGCAACAACAACAACAGCAGGCCUACAAGGAUAGCAGCAACAACAAUAUCAUGAUGAACAGCGGCAAUAUUAUGGGCGGCAACAACAACGACUUUAACACAAUCAUGAAUGACAAAGAGGACAAUAACCGGCAUUAUAACCACAUUAAUGCCCAGUACACAUUUACGCCCGAGGAGAUCAAAUACGACAACAAGCACUACAAGUACCUCAAGUACACGGCCUACAAGAAGGACUCCAAGUACCAGGAGGACAAGCACAAGAUGCGCAACUACAACGAGGUGGUGGAGAAGCAGCAGCAGAAGUUCAAUAAGAACACCAACUUGAAUGCCUACCCCUCGAAGUCGGCGGAGUGCAAGCCGCAGCAGCUGACGGCGAUUGGCAACCGGCUGCUGGACUGGUUCUCGGUGAUCAUGGCCGACAGCAAGAAGCGGCGCCAGCACAGCCAGAAGUCGAAGGCCCACUUCCCGCCCGCCUGCAAGACGGAGGCCAAGUGGAUGUUCGGCCACCUGGACCUGAACAACGACGGGCAGCUGUCGCUGCAGGAGAUGUACGACCUGGAGCACGACCAGAACGAGCGGUGCAUCAAGCCGUUCAUCGACACCUGCGACUUGGACACGGACAGCUCGAUCAAUACCAGGGAGUGGUGCCGGUGCUUCGAGAAGACGGAUCGCCCCUGUGCCGCCGUGCGCCGGAGAAUCGCCGGCGACUUUGCAGGUGAGAUAGGGGCCUACGCACCGGACUGCGACAUCCAGGGAUUCUACAAGCCCACCCAGUGCCACAACUCGGUGGGGGUCUGCUGGUGCGUGGACAAGCACGGAGUCGAGUUCGCCAACACACGCACACGGGGCAAGCCCAACUGCGAGUCCGUGGUUAAUAACGCCGCUUCCCUGACAUCCGACGACGAGGACGAGGGCGCCGAUGACGAGGACAGCGCGGAGGGCAGUGCCGAUCAGAUGCUGGUCUUCUAAGCGACCCAACGACGGCUCCAGCUCCACCAGCUUGGGCAGCCCAUAGCCCUGGGCCCUGGCGCAUCAUCCAAUCAGCGAGCUAGCGUUAUAACAGAAGAUUAAUAUUAUUAUUAUUAUUAUGAUUGCAAACAGACCGAGAAAGUGGAAGUAAAGGCAAACGCAGCAGCGAAAACCAAACCAUAAAAAGAAAAAAAAAAAACCAAACCAAAAAACAGAAACAUAAAUGUGCAGUAGCCAAGUAAGCGUUUUUGAAUAGAACUACGAAUAGCAAACAGCAGAAGCAGCAGAAAACACACAUACACAUCACACUCCACGCCAUCGAGGAUAACUAAAAGGAGUCACAGGACGAACAGGAGGGCGAAACCAAAGAGAAACUGUAGCAUAGUUGAAGGCGCAUCGCACGCAAAUUGGCAAAUCGCUGAUGUAGGAACACAAAAAAAAAAAAAUGGAAAAGAAAACCCCCCAGAAAGCACCCAUCCAAGGCUCAAGUUUUUUGUUUUUCGGUUUUUCAGUCAAUCAGCACAGCCCAUUCAGACACGCAUUCUCCUUUGUUAUCACUGUUGUUUGCACAGAUGGGUGACCAUCUCAGUAAUCCGUCUAUUUUGGCCUUUCGCAGCAGAAUUAGAACCCCUCCUCUGCUUUCGCGCAAGCAAAACACGACACACGCUAAGAAUUCCGCCCAAAAAAAAUAUAUAAAAAUUUAUGUGAUAAGUUUUUGAAAUGAAUGAGAGUACGAACGAAGAUGGCAACUAAGCUAGCGACUCCAGGGCCCUCAGGAUCAAAGGAUUUAAGGAUCGUAGGAUCGCAGGAUCGUGGAUACACAGGAACGUGUGGCCAAAGAGAGAGUAGUUGGAAAAGGGGUUUUCAGAAGAGGCGAACUCAUAGUUGCAUAUGUACGAAACAUAAUCGCGUUCAUUUAGUGUUACUUACCAGAUAUAUAGUGAGAGAUCCGGCGCUUGCAAGGCUUUGUUAACGUCGGCUAACGUCGUUUGUAUCAGCACCUGCCAGGGCAGAACUCAGCACCUGCUUUUAAGUAAUCCGAUUGUCAGUAAUACCAGUACACCCAGUACACUCUCCCCACAUUGAGAUUACCAAUUUCCACACACACUCGUAGGACAUACGACAUUAACGUAAGGAAAGGACUCGGCAAGAGAUUCGAUAAACGGCAAUUCGCUUAUACAUGCAUAUAUAAAUAAAUAAAAUAUAUAAUAUGUUUAACGUGUAAGUAUAUAAGAGGCAUAAUUAAGUGGCAGCAAAUAGCAGAUCGUCGAACCGUAGCUCAUCCCAAAUUUUUUUAAUUCCGCCCUUUGAUACUUUCCAGACGCGACUAACAUAUGAAAUUGGAAUUUUAACACAUUUACGGGCGAGAAGGAUUAAAAAAAACAUAAAAUGCUUGCAAAACGACGAAAUUAUAUAGCCAAUUGUAGUAAACAAAACCAAUGCAUAUAAAUAAACCUUUUAAUUAUAGCAAAAAUUUAUAACCAACAAAGAACAUUAAUAACAAUCAUUUGCGAUCAAGCGAAGAGUGGAGAAUAAUAUCUGUUUUCGGCUGCAUUUAAAGCAAAGAGCAAGAGUAAAAAUAUAACUGACUAUGUACUACGA